CAGACCGUACUACAUCACCACCUGACAAAGAUCCAUCACAAUUAGGCAUUAUUCUUCCUUUCUCAAUUAGCACCCUAAUUUUUUUCUCUCACUCUCUUUCACUUCAUCUUCAUCUUCUUCUUCUUCUUCUUCAAAACCCAGUAGUUGCAGAAAAAGCUUCAAUCUUUGGAGCGAGAGAAAUAGAGAAAACAUGUCUUUAACGUGUGUGACAAUGUCGGAGGACGUCUGGUUAACUUGUAUGACUCAUGCAUUGUCCACGGAGACCGAGGAGAUCAUGGGCCUCCUUCUUGGUGAUAUUGAGAAUUCUGCAAAUGGGGGUGUGACUGCCGUGAUUUGGGGAGCGUCACCUCAAACUCGAUCAGACCGGAGGAAGGAUCGUGUUGAAACUAAUCCUGAGCAGUUGGCUGCUGCAUCAGCUCAAGCCGAAAGAAUGACAAUAUCAUCUGGAAGAACAACUAGAGUGAUUGGGUGGUACCAUUCACAUCCUCAUAUUACGGUUCUUCCUUCCCAUGUUGAUGUACGGACUCAGGCAAUGUAUCAACUUCUAGAUUCUGGGUUCAUCGGGCUGAUAUUUUCCUGUUUCAGUGAAGAUAUAAACAAGGUUGGACGAAUACAAGUCAUUGCCUUUCAGUCCUCAGAUGGGAAGCAGCAUCACAUGUCAAGACCUAUAUCUUUAUCUCCAGUAAAUAAAAGUUCAAUUAUAGAAGUUGACUCGUCUUUAAGUACCUCAGAAAAUGCACCAGUAAGAUCUGGCUCGACUAGAGCAGAAGCUGCUGAACAAGACACAGCUGAUUCAAGAACUUCUGAAACUAUAAAGGCUGGCGGAAGAUCUUCAGAACUUGGGCAUUUCUUUGCUAGUGCUGAGGCAAAUCAUCAAGACAGAGAAAGAACCGGAGGGAACUACCCCACAGAAACUUCAGCCAACAAUAUUGUUGACAUAGAUCCCAUGGAUAUGUCUGAGAGUAUGCAAGAAGCAAUGCACCGUUCGAAUUUGGAUAUGAGUGGUGCUGAGUAUGUAAGAAAAGAAGUUCCUCUUUAUGUUUUACCGACCUCGUCUCUUAUUAAGCUUGAUUCACCUCUAAUGUCAUUUACGGAAUUGCAACGAGUACUGUAUGAGGAGGAGCGAGCGGCAUAUAACCAAGCAAUCUUGCAAAAUAUGAGGGACGGGAAAAUGCAUCCACUUACUUUCAUACAUCACACAUCAAUGUAUCAAUCUUCCAUGUGCAAAUUAAUCGAAUAUUGCUUAAGUCCUGCCAUAAAUGCACUGCAGUGUCGGUUAAGAGAGAAUGAAUUUCGGUUGGCAUUGCUCACUGAUGAAGUGAAGGGUUUGGAGAACGAAACACGUAGAGGAAGCGAGUCAAGUUCUGGAUCUCCUCGUCAAGUUUUGUCGCCUACACUCCGAGGAAGUACUCCUUUAGGCCAUAGGGACUUGUUCAGUUCAAGGAGUGUAACAGGUCCUGGUAGUCGAAGCAGAAAAGGAUCGUCAUAGUGCAAUCAAGAGGAAAUCCGCCCCAAUGCCUGCUGUAUUAUUGGGAUAGCGUUGUUUGUUAUGUUAAAACCAGUUAUGCCUGUGCGGCUGCGCUUAGUAUGAAAUGUUUUUGUGUAUAGGCUUAAUUUUUAUUCUUCAAAAGAAAGAUGCCCUAUUUGUGAAAAAAAAGGACAACUAUGGUGCAAAUCACAUCUGUAUUUUACAUGCAGAUAUAUCAAAAAAAUUCAGCAUAUUUGUUUCAUUGAAACCGAAUCAUGCAUAGUAUUGAAAGUCUUUGUAUUACGCACA